AUGGGAAUGGGACCGCUCCGCCUGAUAUGUCUCUGGGUCGUCCUUCUGUUCGCAACAGUCAUCCUCCUUGUGGUUAUUUCGCAUUCACCUUCGGGAGCCCUCCCGAGGAUUCCAAGAUCCGUGCGCAGUGAUCUGAAGAAAUUAGCCAGCAAAACUAUACCCAACAACAUACCUCAGAUUUUCAGCAAUGAGACCUACUCGCGGCCGUGCCAAGGAUCUCCCACGUCGUCCAAGAACACCUCAUAUUUCUUCCGCGUUGAUCAAAGCGGGAGAGGGGAUUUCGUAAGCGUCCAAGCAGCUGUAAAUGCCGUGCCUGAAAACAGCGAACAGCGAACCAUCAUCGAAAUCAAAGCCGGAGUUUAUGAAGAGAGAGUCGUCAUACCGAGUAACAAACCACACAUUACAAUGCAAGGAGAGGGCAUGAAUGUAACAAUCAUCACCGGCAAUGACAAUGCUGCUAAAAGAGGAAACGAGGGCAGUGUUACUGUUGCGAUCUACGCAGACCACUUUACUGCCGUGGACAUGGGAUUCAAGAACUUAGCACCGAUGCCGGAGCCAGGGGAAUUAGGCAAACAAGCAGUGGCGCUGGUAAUCUGUGGCGACAAGGCGGCAUUUUACGAUUGUGGGUUUUAUGGUGCACAGGACACACUGUUCGAUUACGCAGGCCGUCACUAUUUCAAAAAUUGUUUCAUCGAAGGCUCGAUCGACUUCAUCUUCGGCGAUGGCCGGUCUCUUUACGAGGGAUGCGAGAUUCACGUCAUAGCAGAGACCACUGGAUCAAUCACUGCACAAGCAAGGAGCAAACCCGAGGAUCGCUCAGGGUUUGUGUUCAUGGAUUGCACCAUCAUGGGCCAUGGACUCGUGUGGCUUGGCCGCGCGUGGGGGACGUCCUCUCGAGUCGUGUUCGUGAGAUCCUACAUGGACGACAUCAUCAUCCCUGCCGGAUGGACCGACUUCGGCGAUUCCACAGUACACAACACGUCGUUCUACGCACAAUACAAGUGCUCCGGCCCAGGUGCAGAAUCAGCCGUGCGUGUUCCAUGGUCGUAUGAGCUCAACGACGACGACGCCAAGCAGUUCCUGGACCUGGACUUCAUCGACGGUGCCUCAUGGAUUCACGCAACCCGCAAGUUUGUUGACAACCUCCCCAGUUAACAACCCACGUGGGAACACACUCACUUGCAAAGCUUCACUUACCAGUGCAGCACUAGUUUUCUGCGAAUAGCAUGCAAAUGGAUUGAUCAAACACACAAACACACACUUUCGUAACAAAAUCUGCUAUACAAGCAACGCACAUGCACACAAAUGAGAAACUGGGUUCUCAUUUCCCUCAGUUUUUCUCUCUUUCCCCAGCAGGCUUCACUGAAGCCACAGCGUGUUGAUGUAUCUGUUUACUGCGACUCCAACUUGAGAGACGCUUCCAGACAAAGAUUGUUUCGGCUUCUUCAUGACCCAGUUCUAUUCUAUUUCUGAUUCAACACACUUGCUCAAUUGGCUGAUUACUUCAUAUGGAUUUCUUCCAUGUGGAGUUUAGUUUUGCAGGACUCUGAUUGCUGAAAGGGGCGUGUCUUGUAUGGAUAGUUGAAAAGACUGAGUUGGUUGAGA